UGAUUUGAGACUUUCCAUUUCCCACCGACGCGAAUGUCGGUUGAUGAUACAUUCAUGGAUCAAUUGGUGCUUUCUUUUACAGUUCUGAAAAUAAUUAUAUAUGCCAAUUCAUAGAUGACAACCUUUUACUUUCCAUAAGAUCCAACACGCGCGGAAGUUGCCGAGAAGUACUUCUUCUAUCAUCAUUCACGAUCUGUCUGCAAUUAGUUAUACUUUACAUUCAAAAUGACUUCUUCCAAUGAAUCGCCGGAAGUCCUCUCCUCUGAUUCCUCCUCCAAUUCCUCUUCUUUAACUUCUCAAUGGAGUUAUGAUGUAUUCUUGAGCUUUCGAGGUGAGGAUACCCGUUAUGGUUUUAUUAGUCAUCUUUAUAGUGCUUUGCAUCAAAAGGGAAUCAACACUUACAUGGAUGACAAGCUUAGAAGAGGUGAAGAAAUUUCACCUACACUUUUAAAGGCUAUUAAAGAGUCAAAAAUUUCGAUCGUUGUAUUUUCUGAAAACUAUGCAUCAUCUAUAUGGUGUUUGAAUGAGCUGAUAAGGAUCCUAGAGUGUAAAGAAUCAAAGCAACAAAAGGUUUUACCGGUAUUUUACAAAGUCGAGCCAUCGACAGUACGACUACAAAAAAAUAGUUUCAAAGAAGCUUUGGCUAAACAUGAAGACAGGUUCAAGGAUGAUGCUAAGGUUCAGAGGUGGAAGACUGCCUUAAAACAAGCUGCCGAUAUAUCCGGUUUGCAUUUAAAGAUCAACGAGGACGAAUCUAAAUUUAUCCAGAAGAUUCUUCAAGAGGUCUCAAAAAUAGUACUAGAUCGUACAUAUUUGCAUGUUGCCGAGUAUCCAGUGGGAAUAGACUCUCGUGUAGAAGAUAUUAAUAAGCUACUAUGUAUUAAGGAGAAUGAGACUUGCAUGAUAGGGAUUUUUGGUAUUGGUGGAAUUGGUAAAACAACUAUUGCAAAAGAGAUGUAUAACCGCAUUACUGAUCAGUUUGAAGGCAGCUGUUUUCUUGCAAAUGUUAGAGAAUCUUCAAAACAAGAUCAAGGUGGUCUCGUAAAGUUGCAAGAAAAAAUUCUUGAUGAUAUUCUUAAAGAUUCAAAUUUGAAAGUUGAUAACGUUGAUCGAGGAAUCAAUUUGAUAAUGGAGAGACUUUGUGGAAAAAGAAUUCUUUUGGUUAUUGAUGAUGUUGAUAGUUUGGACCAAUUAGAAAAAUUAUGUGGAAGAUGCGAUUGGUUCGGUUCUGGGAGUCGAAUCAUCAUAACAACAAGGAAUGCGGGUUUACUAAAUAAGCAUUGUGUUAGUUUCAAAUUUCGUAUGAAGGAAAUGGAUCACGGCGAAGCUCUUAAGCUCUUUAGCAAACAAGCCUUCAAAAGUGGCAAACCAGAUGAUGGUUUUGCGGAACUUACAAAACUUGCACUAUAUUAUGCUGGCGGCCUUCCACUCGCUUUAAAAGUGGUAGGCUCAAAUCUAUAUGGAGAAGAUAUACAUUAUUGGAAAAGUGAAUUGGAAAAGUAUAAAAGAAUUCCCGAAGAAAAUAUUCAAGAAAAACUCAAAAUAAGUUACGAUGGAUUAAAUUAUUAUGAACGAAAGAUUUUCCUUGACAUUGCAUAUUUCUUCAAAGGAGACAAGAGAGAAUAUGUCACUAAAAUAUUGGAUGGUUGUGGUUUCUUUCCCAAUGAUGGUAUUAAAAAGCUCAAUGAUAAAUGUCUCAUAACUAUUGAUCAAUAUGACCGAUUAUGGAUGCAUGACUUACUACAAGAUAUGGGUAGAGAAAUUGUUCGACAAGAAUCACCCGAAGAACCUGGCAAGCGGAGUAGAUUAUACUUUCACGAAGAUGUUCAUGAAGUACUUGAAAAAAAUAAGGGAACAGAGCAAAUUGAAGGCAUAUUGAUAGAUCUGCCUCGGGGGGACCACAUGAUCCGUUUGGGUUCUGAGGUGUUUGCAAAGAUGGAAAAACAAAGAAUAUUAAUAAUUAGAAGCUGCGGUGAAAGUUUUUGUGGCGGAUUGAAUUAUCUCUCUAAUGAGUUAAGAGUUAUUGAUUGGCUCAAAUGCCCUUUGGAGUCUUUGCCGUCUACUUUUGAUGGAAAGAAACUCAUCAUCUUAAAAAUGCGAGGAAGCAUGAUUAGAGAUUUAGGCAUGGGAUUGCUAUCUAAGAACUUAACAAUUAUAGAUUUCAGUGAAUCUAAAUACUUGACAAAAAUCCCGGAUCUUUCAAGUUGCUCAAAUCUAGAGAAGCUGAUUCUUUUUGAAUGUAAAAGUUUAGUUGAGGUUCAUGAUUCUGUCGGAUUUUUGGAUAAGCUUGUUGUAUUGAGUUUUGACGAAUGUCCCAGCCUAAAGAAUUUGCCAAGAAGCUUCAAGUUGAGAUCUCUAGAAGUACUUGAACUUCUUGGUUGUACAAGCCUUGAAAACUUUCCUGAAAUUGAGUGUGAAAUAAAACAUUUGAAGUGGGUCCGGAUAGAAAGCGACGCAAUACAGGAGCUACCUUCAUCCAUUACAUACCUCACUGGGCUCGUGUUGUUACUUAUGAGUUGGUGCGAAAGCCUUGUGCAUCUUCCAAUAGACAUUUUUCAGUUGGAACAUCUAUCGACAGUUACCAUCAGGAAUUGUCCAAAAUUUGUAAAUUUUGGAAAGGAGGUGGGGCAAAAUGGACAAUCCAUGCCAUCUAUACAGGAAAAUGAAAUUUCAUCAAGUAUGGAGUUGUUCCCAUUGCUGCCUCCCAAAUCAAAUUUACCUCGGACAUUUAAUUUCUCAUCUAGUUUGAGGUAUUUACGUCUAUCUAGUAGUGGCAUUGUUAGGCUUCCUCCAUUCAUCGAAAGAGUUGUUGGAUUGUCUUGGCUUGAUUUGGAAGACUGCAAGCAACUUGAAGAAAUUCUACACCUUCCACCAAAUAUAGAAUAUGUAAAUGCUCGAGGAUGCGUGUUAUUGGAACGCUUUCCUCAUGUAUCAACAGAAUCUUCAUUCGGUACAACCAACUUAAAAUGGCUAAGAAUGAUUGACUUAACGGGCUGCAAUAAAGUGCAAGUGAAUGUAGGGAAUCAUGCGCCAGAUCCAUUAUUGCUUCAGGAACGCUUUCGGGAGAAAGAUGCAAGUCAUAUUUUAUAUCCAGGAAGUAGGAUUCCAGAGUGGUUCAAGUAUUGUAAGGAGACUACUUCAUAUACUAAUUCUAUUGAAGUAGAAAUUGAUCAUAAUGCGUCCAUCAGUGGGCAUCAGAUCGUGGCAUUAGUUUUGUGUUUUGUUAUCAAGGACGAAUUUAUGACUAUCUUAAUAAACGGCGAGUUGAUUGGAAAUCAUCGUCCUAUACUUGCUUCAAAGGACCCACAUCGUGUAUGGUUACUAUACAUCGCUGGAAAUUCUAUUGAUGAGAUGCUGUCAAUAUGUUACAGGGAGGGGAACGAUAUGAGGUUUACAUUUGAAAGUGAUUCAAAGGAAGCAAUCUUAAAAAGUGCUGGAGUCCAUCUAAUAUACAGAAAUGACAAUUUCAUUGAUCCUAUUUAACUUUCAAAGAGAUACGGAGAUGAUGGUGAAAAUGACUUGGAACCCACAAUAGAAGAGGCGGGGGUCUUCAACGGCCAGCUCUAGCAUUAUGGAAUUCAAGGAUGCUAAUGAUGAUUUAACUAAUGGAAGAUUUGGAUUUAGAACUUCGACUUGGGAAUUGAAGUUCGGACAGGAAUCAAAGUUGUGGAAGGAGUCAAAGUUGGGAAAGAACUGUAACCAUAACAGACUUUAACGAUUUAUCGUGGCUUUCAGGUGAAGAGAUUGAAGGACAUGAUUGCAUCUGCUAGUCGUUUGUGGGCUUUUUCUUUCAGUUCACUUCUCUGAGAUCUAGUGGGGUAUGGAAUUUCCUCUAUGACGAGCAUUUCUUUUAAUUUUGGCUUUGGAUUGCAGUUUUUGGGGAUCAAGAUUGGUUUUUUUCAAGUUUUGUGAUCGUAAAGUUUGGAUCACUUAUGGCGUAGGUUGUUUACACGUAAAGUUGUGGUUUGCUUGGUUUUGGUUUAUAAAUAGGCAUGUUUAGAUUGGUUUUAUUUAUUUAGUUUAAUGUAUAGGUUGUUUUUAUUUUACUAGAUUUUGAAGCCUGGGAUGGUUUUUCUUGAAUAUUUGUAAAUUCCACGUGUCCUGCUUGUUACCACGAUAUUCUUUCUUGAGAUACCGUCCAUGGUCAAUUUUUUAAUGGAGUAUGCUAUACCAGAUUU